GUUUGAGCAGACCUUGGAGGCGGGAAAUACACACUCAAGGUUUUGAGGUUAGAAUGACGUAUCAACUGUUAGAAUCCACUAGCAGUAUAUAUAUAUCAAGCCAGUUCUCUGUUUAAUAACCGUUAGAUCAUUACAACCAGGCUAUUUGAUGAGGCACUCUUGUACGCUUCAUCAUAAUGCAGUUCAACUACCGUUGUGGGGCAGUCUCAUAGGUCCCGCAAUUAAACAAGUCUAUCAUCCAGUUUUCGCACAUUACCUUCUGCAGUUGAGUUAAGGUUGAUUUGGAAAACUAUACUUGCUCAUUUAAUUAACGCAAGAUAAUAGACGAAUUCGAAAGCUUCUCGAGUUACCUACUAAACUUAUCACAUGGCUUACAUGUACACUUUUUGCAUCCACCUAAACUCACUUGGAGUCGUAAUAACAAGAUUUAUUUAAUGAGGAAUGGCAAUAUGUGACCCAAGAGAGGAGGAAGCUCAAGUGCUAAGAUCAAUUUUCGAUGAAGAAGAAUUGACGAUAUCAGACGAUUAUAAUUUAGAAUACAAGGUAGGUGAGGUGGGAACGACUUCUUCAUUCAUUGUACACGUUUACUGGCCUGAAGGAUAUCCUGACGUUUUACCUUGUAUCUCUAUGGAUUCUUUUUAUAAUCAUCAUAUCCCGUUAAAUAUUAAAGAGAAAAUAACUGAAGAAUUAGUGUCUGUUGCUAAAGACCAACUUGGCUCAGCUCUAACAUUUACUUUAAUUGAGUACCUAAAGGAAAACCAUGAGCGAUUUACUAAAUCUUUUGCAGUUGAUAAAGUAGAUACAUCACAAAACAAUUCGUUCCCGAGUGAAACUCCAUCGGUUUCUCGCAAACAGAAUAAACUACCUCAAUUAUCUAAAAAUCAAAAAAGGAAACACCUAGAUAGACUAGGACAAAGUGGAGAGUUACCUAGAGGUUGGAACUGGAUUAGUGUUAUAAAACACCUUCAACAAACUGGAUCGGCGUCAUAGAGACAUAUUUGGUUGUAUUUCAUUGCACACAAGAUAAGAUUCUAUUUGCUUUCACGUUUCAUAUUCAUUGACAAUGGGCUAAAAUGAUAACGGGGUUAUGCGUUUCUGAAUAAUGUAUUUUACUAAUUAAAUGUAAUUUACAAAAUAGUGCAGGAUGCUUUUUUGAAAGGUGUCAGAAUACGAUUUAGUAUGUUACUCGUUAGUGUCCUGUUGUUAUUUCGGAUAUGCA